GUCAUCACCUAUCAACCGUAAUAGGAGUGAUACACUAGUGGAGAAGGAGGAGGAAGGAUCGGGGGUAUUUGGUGGAGGGGCGAACAAGGAGGAGAGCAGGUCACGGAGAAGCAGUGGAUCCUACAUACAACAGCAGAUGCCUGCUAAGAGGAUGACCCUAGGAGCUAGCAGUACCUCGAGGUUUGCUGGCCUACCAUCG